UUCACGGACAGUCGUGUUGUAGUCGAGACUGUCUUGCAACUAUAAGUGCGAGCAGUCGAUCGGGAUCUACAUAUUCACGAUUUUUUUGCACCACGGCUUAUUAUUAUUUUUAUCGUGUCUGUAACAUUUAGUUUACUAAAUUUUUUUUUUUUUUAAUUUCAAGUACAGUAUUGCAUAUAAAGUUGUACUUGGAAUGCUCGUGAUUAAAUCAUGCAAUUAAAUGUGACAAUGUCUUCAUGGAUAUUAGGAUUGUUUGUAAUUAUUAUCAAUAAUUUGAUGUCGGUAAAAUCUUUUGAGUAUCCAGUUUAUAAUUUACGAUAUGAUGGAUACAGAGCUCAACAAUCUCCAGCAAUGCCAGCUAUUAGACGAUGGACUGAAACUUGGGGUGAUGGACCACGUCGUAGUCCUUUGUACCGUCGAGACACUCAGGAAAUGCCACCACGUCUGCAGUAUACAAAAUUAGUACGAGAACAAGAACCAAAAUCAGAUCCUCUUGUGACAAUUAGCGAAACUUUAGGAGCUCUUAAUACAGUUGGGAAUUUUAUCGUCAACAUGACUCGCGGUGUUGAUAAUUCAGACAAUCCAUCAAAAGAAUUGCCGUCUGCUAUUUACACGAUUUCUAAAAAUAUUUUAGGUCGAAAUGUAACCGACAGUAUUGCACCUUUGGUACGUGGGGUUACUUUACCUCUUCGUCCUUCUAGUUCAUCUUCAUCAUCAUCAUCAUCAUCAUCAACAGAAAGUCCUAGUGCCGAUAAUGAAAGCAAUGGAAAUGUUGUAAUUAGAGACAAAGAAUCAACAUCGUCAUCAUCGUGUACAACUGCCGAGGGUGGUCCAGGUAAAUGUCAAGAUCUCAGUAAUUGUCCUCAUCUGCUUCUAAACCUUACCAAGUUACGCCAGUCAUUGUGCUUCAAAAGUCUUUUUGUACCUGGGGUCUGUUGCCCAUUCGACAGACUGGAUCUAACGCCAACUAUUUUAAGUCCCGCGACGAGUUCACCGACUAGUGAAAGUGGACGACCACCAAGACCUCCUUAUCGGCCAUCAAAGCCAGUGACACCUAGACCUAUUCCUCUGUUUCCAAUAUCACCAGCACCUCCACUACCAUCCUCAACUUCUAGUCCUAGCACAAUUUUAAAACCAUUACCAGAUUUAUCCAACAACAGUUCAAAUAAUAUUGAAACAAUUGAUACCAUUGAUAAUAAUUUUAUUCAAGAUGAUGAAGAAUGUGGAGUAAGGAAUUCGGGAAAGUAUCGUGUUGUUGGUGGUGAAGAGGCUUUACCAGGUCGUUGGCCCUGGAUGGCCGCAAUUUUUCUUCAUGGUUCUCGACGUACUGAAUUCUGGUGUGGUGGUUCUCUCAUCGGACCAAAACAUAUUCUUACGGCAGCUCAUUGCACCCGAGAUCAACGACAACGACCUUUUGCAGCACGGCAAUUUACAGUACGUCUUGGUGACAUUGACCUUGAACGAGACGACGAGCCGUCCUCGCCCGAGACUUAUACAGUCAAGGCCGUACAUGCACACAACAAGUUCUCACGAGUUGGAUUUUACAAUGAUAUUGCUAUUCUUGAGCUCACCAGGCCUGUGAGAAAAUCACCUUACGUAAUACCAAUUUGUCUGCCUCAGGGUCGCUACCAGACUGAAGCAUUUCAGGGCGCAAGACCAACAGUUGUUGGUUGGGGCACCACAUAUUAUGGAGGAAAGGAGAGCACAGUUCAACGUCAAGCAGUUUUGCCAGUUUGGAGGAACGAGGACUGUAAUGCUGCUUACUUUCAACCAAUAACUGGAAACUUCCUUUGUGCUGGAUACAGUCAAGGUGGCAAAGAUGCUUGUCAGGGUGAUUCUGGUGGACCACUGAUGCUACGCGCUGAGGGUAAAUGGAUGCAAAUUGGUAUUGUUUCAUUUGGUAAUAAAUGCGGAGAACCCGGUUAUCCUGGUGUUUAUACUCGAGUCACAGAGUAUAUCGACUGGAUUAAAAGUAAUUCUAAUUAA